AUGAGUGACGCCGUUACUAUUAGAACCAGAAAGGUCAUCAAGAACCCUCUUCUUGCUAGAAUUCAGUUUGUCAUUGACGUACACCACCCAGGUAAGGCUAACGUCUCCAAGGAUGAGCUCCGUGAGAGACUGGCCGAGAUCUACAAGGCUGACAAAGAUGCCGUCUCCGUGUUCGGUUUCAGAACCCACUUCGGUGGAGGAAAGUCCUCUGGUUUCGGUCUGGUGUACCAGUCCGUCUCUGAUGCUAAGAGAUUUGAGCCAACCUACCGUUUGAUCAGAUACGGAUUGGCCCAGAAGGUGGAGAAGCCAUCCAGACAACAGAGAAAGCAAAAAAAGAACAGAGACAAGAAGAUUUUUGGUACUCAAGAGAAGUUUGCCAAAAAGGCUGCCAAGCGUGCUGCCGAAUAG